AUGUGCAGAGGGCAUGUGGCCUUGAUGGUGCUGGAGGACAAGAUGCCUACACCUGAGGGUGGCCAGCAGCAUGGGCGGAAUGUGUUAAUCAUCCCCGUCUUAGUUCUGGGCCGGAACCUCCACACCGACACCCUCGUGUCGACCGCAGACGGCUGGGGAGGCCCAAGUGUGGGCGAGGGCCUUGGGCCUGGAGGGUGGGAGAGCGGGAGGAGGCAUGGGCCCUGCUCCCAGCGCCUUUCUGCCCUCCACACAGAUCUGCACGUAAGCCGGCCAGGCCCCACGCACGGGGCUGUGACCCACAGUUCAGAGAAGUGA